AUUGAAGAAAGUAAAUAAAGUGCAUGCUGUCCCUAAAUUUUCUGAGAAGGGUGACAUAUGUGAGGAUCGUGGGCAUUCAACUGAUGAAUAUCCCACGAUCCCUGCUUUCAAGGAAGUGUUAUUGGACCAAUCUAAUGAUUCUGGUCCUUAAACUAAUUCUUAUGAUCCAGGAUGGAUGAGCCACCCAAAUCUCAGUUGGAGGGGUGACCAACAUGUAACUUCAGCAACCUUGGCCCCGGAGCCCUCUCAACUGGCAAUUCAAGCACCUCCAAUGCAAAAGAAGGGAUUUGAAGAUACAGUUCAAGCAACACUCAACAAUCAGAAUUCAUUGGCAAUUAAUGACAUACGGAGUUCCCUCACAAGGCUAACUACAUCUUUAAGUACCCAAGAGGAGGGUAAAUUUCCUGCACAGUCACAACCAAAUCCACAAGGGCAGCCUCAUCAAGUGCAAGCAAUAAGUGAGGAUCCUACCUUAAAGUCGGUCAAAGCGGUGACUACUUUAAGAAGCGGUAAGGUGGUAGACAUUCCAGCACAUGAGCCAUACAAUUCUGGUAAGGUCUCUAACCCUUCUAAUAAAGAUGGAGAGCAUGUUUCUGAUGAGCAUGAGAAAAUUCAUUGUCCUAUACCUGCUCCUUUUCCUCAGCGAUUGGUUCCGUUGCAUAAAGAUGACUUUGAAUUUUUUGAUUGUUUUGCAGAUUCUUCUUUACCACUUCAAGAGACUAAGCAAAUGCCUUCUGAAUGGUCCACCCAAAAUAAACGUCGAUUUCUCUCCGAGCAAAGAAAACAGUUUCAAAAAUUUUGCAAAUCCCGAUGGAGUGGGCCGUACAUUGUAAAUCCCAGGGAAGUGUCUUGAUUUGUUUUUCCUCCUUUACAGUUUUCUUUACUUGCUUUGUUUU